CUGUUUAGUACGUUACAAUUGUUCAUGGCGAAAUGUUGAUAAAAUCAAAUUCAAAAUCCUUUGAUCUGAUCAACGAGGAGAAGGCAACGAAACCACAACAACCUGAACGUCUCUAUCAGCCGCGACGAUUGAGCUGGAUGAAGUAUAUAGUAAUUCCAACAGGUAUUGCGUUUAUUCUAUUGCUGAUUCUAUGCAAUGUGGACUUUUCGGAGCAUCAUACAUGCAUUGGCAAGGAGAUUAACAGUACAAACUGUACAAAUGUGACAGAAUAUGACAGUAUAUCGUAUAUUCGGGCAAUUAAUUUAACUGAAUUCUAUUCUGAAACACAAUGCUUGGAGCAAGAUGAAGUUACACUCUAUAUUGAAGAUGUAACAAUUCAGUUAAAGAAAAACCCUGAUAUCCUGUAUAAUCUAAAGGAUAUUUUCGGUUCGAAUAUUGUUUAUAGCAAACUGAAAGUAUUGAAUUUAAGAGGCACACUACUUGGUGAUUACUUAUCAGAGAAUAGUUUUAAUAAUAUGCCAAUGCUGGAAGAUCUAAAUUUGGGAGAUUGUGGUCUAAAGAGCAUGGAAUUGAACACAUUGGGAGAAAAUGUAUUAAAUAGUUUAAUGUAUUUGGAUUUGAGUGAGAAUAAUAUAACCUCUUUAACUGAGGACUUCAUUCAGGCCUUAUGGGAUAACAAUAUCGAUUUGGAAACCCAUGCGACAACAACAACAACUCAAGGAUUUGUCGCAUUUACACCUGGUGUAAGGACUACUUCGACAACAACAACAAUUUCGCCUUUAAUAACAACCGAUUUCGAUCCAAUCACCCAUUCUUCAACGCCUAAUACAACAGAUGAUUGGUCUUCUUCGACCAUAACAGAAACCCCCCCUAUAACACAUGAUUGGCCUGCUUCAACUCCCCAAUCUACUUCCACUACGGAGUUUACAACCAGCGCAGUGCUAGAAUGUCCAACGGAUUCAUUAUAUUGCGCGGAAAUCGUUUGCUCUCACCAAGACUUUGCCAUACCCUAUCAAGUGAUUGUACAAUUUGAAGAUAUUGGAUCAGCAGAUAAUACUGUCCAAGUAACUUUAGUGCCUUUCAUUUCAUAUUUAAAUUACCACCUGAUCUACUUCAACAAUGACACGCAAUCCAAUUUAAAAGCCAUAGAAACAAGUCCAGUUCAAUUCGAUAGUCUCGACUGUGCCACAGCCUAUACAUUUUGUAUUGUACUCUAUGAGAAUGCAACCGACACUUCGCCCUACAAUUGCCGAUCAUAUCGAACUGGGGAUUGCAAGCAAUAUGGCCAAGAUCUUAGUUGGUUUCAAAAUUACUUCGUCAUGAUCAUAAGUCUGGGUAUUGUGGGCAUUUUAAUAUCCGUCAGUCUGGGAAUUUUCAUGAUCUAUAUUAUUUUGCGACUGAAGCCAAAUUGGAUGAAGGGCAGCAAUCGUUUAAUACGUCCGCUACGGGACUCGCAGACCAUGUUCUUGCUACCAAGGCUAACUGAGUUGGGCAUUCCCAAUAGGAUUAAGAACGACUAUGACUAUAUUAAUUACUAUCGACGCUUGGAGCGAAUAAAGCAAUGUCCACCAGAUUCGCUUAAGGAUAAUACGCCACCCAAGGAGCGAGCACCUUCCAUACCGCCCUCUGUGAGUUCAUCGUACAACGCGGCAUCUCCCACCAAUUCGACUAGUUAUUUAUAUGAAACUUUUGAGCUUUAUGAAGAAUUGCCAUAAGGUAAACCCUUUCAUUUUGUUUUCGGAUAACAUUGUAAUCAU